AUGCCAACACCACAUCUACACCCGCGGUCCCGCAUGACCUCGUCGCUGUUCGCGACCACGGUGCUCGCGAGCUUUCUCGUCGUCGCGCUGCCCCAUGUCCUGCCGUGCCCAGCGCCGCGGAGGACGUACGCCGAUGGGGAGAUGCAUGCCCCCGGGGACGCAGAGGCCGCGAGCAGACGGAGGCGGAGGAGGACCACGAGGCCAGAAUCAGGGGACGCGGAUGUCCAUCAGGGCGACGGUGCUGCGUUGGAUAGUGGGAUUGGCAUUGUGGAGUUCCGGCCCGGGACCAAUGACAUGCGUGAAAAUGCGAAUGGGCUGAGGAGGGCAAAGGCUGGGCGGGGGAGGGAAUGCCCUGUGCCAAAGCCGGGUGGGAUACUGGGGGAGUGGCUGGGGUUCAAUAGUGGUGGGCGGGAUAAGGAUGCGGAGGGGAAAACCAGGCCGGAGAGGUGA